ACGCACACAGCACACUCCUCCUUCAGUCCCUCCAGCCACGCACACACUGACAGAGCUGCCGCCUGCCCUGGGUUGUACAGUAGCCUGUGCUACCUGGGAUUGUUUUGAAACUACCUUUCCUUAAAGUGUGGGAUCGGACGGUGAGCGAGGGAGAAAGGAGAGGCCAAGAGGAGACGAGAUUUGUUUUGGUGUAAUCUUCUUACUGUGUAGCCGGAGGACAGAGAGGAUGGGGACCAAAGUGUGGAUUGCGCUUUGUGCGCUGCUGCUCAUUAACUCGGGACACGCUGAACAUAUUGGUGACCAUGCUGCUGACUCCUCCGCUCCGAAAAAUGCUUCUGGUGGUGAGGAGGCUCCAGCUGCAGAGUCUGUACCUGGUUCUCCCGCCGACCCCAUCCGUUCUGCCACACCUUUCGAUCCAAGUUCAAGAGGCACCAGCACUUUGAGCAGCAACAUGACUACAAAUGGGGAUACCAUCUCAUUGAAAUCCGACCCAAAGGAAGGUAAUGAUUCCAAGAUCAAAUCUCCCUCCGAGGCUGCCCUUACUGAAACCACUGAUCAGUCGACUACACAGCCUUCAGUCCCUCCUUCUGAGAGCCACGCCCUGGCCACUGACACCCCCCAUGCCCUACCCACCGCCGGCCCCACACACACAACUCAACCUACCAAUGUGAACACAACGACCACCAUGCCACCCACAACACAUCCAGCUGCACUCCCACCUGACUUCGUUACACCAUCAAACCAGCCCACUCACAAUAAAACACACUCAUCCACUCCUAUCCCAAUUUCUGAGCCCCCAAAGCCUGAAACUACCACGACAUUUGUGGCCCAGUCCAGUUCAACAUCUGGCAACAGCUCCUCUCAAAAGCCCCCAAAUCCGGAAUUGCCGACGCUGACAUCUCCACAACAGACGUUGCAGUCUGACGGACAUCCUGAGACCUCCAGCGAAGCCCACCAUAAGCCCACCAUCAACCCGCCGAGCGGCUCUUCCGCGCAGGCCAAUGCCCGUGCGGACACCCCCUCCCAGCUCAACGUUGGCGGAGAUCCGACGAUGGUCCAUGACUCUCCCACAUUAGACCCCCUCCUGGCUGGCCUGGUGUCAGCCUUCAUCAUCACUGCUGUCAUCAUCACUCUGCUCCUCUUCCUCAAACUGCGCCAGAGAGACAACAGACCAGAGUUCCGCAGGCUGCAGGACCUGCCCAUGGACGAUAUGAUGGAGGAUACACCCUUGUCCAUGUACAGCUACUGAUGGAGGCAUGACUGAAAAAUGUUGGCAACAAAAUACUCUCCUUGAAUCCAGGCUGAUGCACCAAACAGAAAAAAUCCUGGGUAGGUGUGAGCAAACAUCUGGAUUGCUUCCAUUUUCCUAGAUCCUACUGACAUGCAGGAAAAAGGACUCCAUUGAAGCUGCAAUGGACAAUGAAGAUAUGGCCCAAGUUGGGGUUGUUUUCGCAAAGGUCCAUUUUGGUGCCUGUAAUUACAAAUUAGGCCCAUGCCUCUGUUGAAUACUGUCUGCUUUAUAUUUUUCAGCCCAUUUUUGAGGUAAGGGAGUUGUAUUAUAUAUUUGGAUUUCCCAAGCGUUGAAAAUGGUAGGUGGAAAACACACCUGGACACAGAUUCAGCCUGUCCUGCCAGACUCUUACCUGAGGGCACUCGUCUAAUUUGGUCUAAUCAGUUAUCAAUUAGUGUUAAAAGAAAAAAGUCUGGCACUCUAAGAGGAAUAGAAAAAGAAAUAUGCAUAAGAAAUGGCCUGAUUAUAGUGUUAAA